UCAAAAGGGCUUGUCGCUGUAUAGAGAUUAUAACAGAUCAUACUUCAAUGUACCGCUAUGACGGACUAGACUUAAUCUUAAGACAAGGAACUGCGUGCAGAUUUGGUAAGGAAGGGUUGCAAUUCAUAACUGACCAGCUUGAAGAAAGGCUCCGUAGACCUACCAGUAAAGGUUGUGCCAUGGAUCCCGCAGAGCAGGUUUGCAUUGCUCUACGUUAUUAUGCCACUGGGGUAGGGGACACCAUGGGGCGCGACAAGGCGACAGUUUGUCGCGUGGUAAAACAUGUAACAGAAGGUCUUGUAGAGAUGAAAGAUCGCUUUAUACGUUGGCCGACUAGAAUGGACACCCGUCGCAACAUUAUGGCAGGGUUUGCGGAGGUAGCUGGGAUUCCAAAUGUGAUUGGUGCCAUUGAUGGAUCACAUGUUGAAAUUACGAAGCCAGGCCCAACAGAAGAAAGGCCGUUCAUUAACAGGAAGGGAAGUGCAUCCAUAAAUGUAAUGGCAGUUUGUGAUAAUAAAGGAAGAUUUACUUUCAUAAAUCCAGAAUGGCCGGGCUCUGCGCAUGACAGUUUUGUUUUUCGAGCGUCUUCGCUACAGGACUUUCUAAAGGAAAUUAUUCAUACAUUGCAGAUGGUGUUCUACUUGGUGACAGCGGAUAUGCUUGUUCGCGUUACAUGUUGACGCCGUACAGAGUCUCUGAUACACCGGUGAAAACCUGAUUUAACAGAGCCCACUGCCGUUCGAGGGUUGUUAUAGAAAGAUCAUUUGGUAGAUGGAAGAGAAGAUUCUCCGUCAUGUGCAAGAAGGUAAGGAAGACACCCGCUCAAGCAUGUCGAGAGAUUGUCGCUUACGCAGUUUUGCAUAACAUUGCCAUGUUGUUUGAUGAACCUGACGUUGAUGACGGCGAUUUGGAUGAACUUCCACUUAUAGCCUAUGUUGGUGGUGAAAAUGGAUUUGCCAUCCGUGACCAUAUUGCGCAGGCCUACUUUGGAUAGGAACAUUUCCUAUUGGAAGGAAGCAUGCAGCUGAUGCUAUGUUGGUGUUUUGAUGUAACAAGUUUAUGUUACGUGUUCUAUGCAUUUCUGUUAACUGAUCCACUUACCCUAUUCGUCACGAACUAAUGGAAAUAUGUCCAUGUCAUCCUUCCCCUUCAAUUCUGUCUGCAAAGCUUUAAACAGCUUCCUUUUCUCCAAGACGUUGCGAUCUUUUCCAUCAAAAGCUCCAUCUCCAGCUCAACUUUUUUGUGUUGUCCUUCGAACCAUUCCAGUUGAGCUGUCUGCACCUUUUCCUGGAGAGAUAUUCUGCAAGGAUAACAUGUUAAUUGAAAAAAAAAACCAUUAAUUAAAAUUUAACAUACUUGUAUUUAAUAACUAAAUAAAACAACAUUUGCAGUGUUGCCCAUCUAUUGCUUAUUCAGCUUGUAUUUGAA